GUAGCCUGUUGGCACCCAACCCAACCUCGCACUUGACAAGUCAAUCUCAAUCAUUCUUAAUUAGAUCAAGGUGGGUCGUGAGAUCGAGAGAAAAUGUAUACAUAUAGAUAUAUAAUUAGCAAUCUUGUCAGAACCGGAGCAUGACUCGGUAAUCCGAACGACUCGCACUUUAGUGGUCCAACCGGCAUUGGACCGUUAGAAAACCGGUACCUAAUAAACGUUAUCAGUAUAAAUAGUGGGCAUUUCUUAAUAAGAGCUCGUCUCUUUCCUUCGAAAUUGUGAAAUGGAAAUAAGGAUUCAGUUUGGCCCGACAUUUUUGGUUUAUUUCAAUUUUCAAUUUUUUGCAAUUUUUUUAAUUAAAUUUAAUGGCUGAAAGGCAAAAAUCGGACGAGCGGCUCGAUCGGUUAACCGCCUCGGCCGCUCGUCAACUGCUACAUAAAACCGGAGCGACUUUUAGACUGUUCCGAGCCGGUUUUGUGACCGGGUGGUGGUUUUACUGGUCGGGCCGAGCGGCUCGACUCGGCUUUAAUAACACUGAUAAUUAGGUAUCGAUGAGAAUUGAAUUUUAAACCUUUUCAAUAUUAGUUAAUAUUUCUACAACCAAAUUACAAUUAAACAAUGAACAUGGUUGUUAUCAUUUGUAUAUACAAUACAAUUUCUAGAUUAUAUAUAUACGUCAUAUUAUCGUAAAAUAUAACUUCAUCAUUUAAAUCUCAAAUUCUUAAUUUUAUUCACCUUCUUCCACCGAAUACUCAUUUUAUUAAAACUCGCUAGCUUCCUUUUACCUAAUAUUGAGUUCUAUCAUAAUGUCUACUAACUAUAUCAAAAACAUUUUAGAUUUGAUGUGUAUCCAUCAUGAUAUUAAAUUGGAAUGAUAUGUAAUUAACUACUUUGACACACUCCCUUGUAUAAAAUCGCCACUUUCAAUUAAUUAAAGCAAAUAGAAUGAGAGCUACUCAGAAAUGUUGAAAUAGGUAAUUUACUAAUUUCUUGAAAAAGAAAUGAAGGUAAUUAAUCUUUGAUUUGAUGGUCCAACGUUCCCACUAAAACGUCAAGUCGUUUCCGCUCCCUUUGCUUACAUUUUCUUCCUUGCGGAAUUUCCAAUCCCGUAUACAACUCCUGCGCACAACCCUUUUCCUCCAUUGCCAAAAUCUCACGUAAAGCCAAGCUCGACCUGGCGAGCCGGAAGGAUAAAUCUGAUCUCCUUCAGCUCUGCUGCUCUUCUUCUUCCAAUUACUGCCUCCUGAAACCCUAAUUCCUCCAUCGUCAUGAGUGCUCCCGCCAUUUCAGGGGGAACGAGCUUGUUUACUGGCUUCACGCGAUUAUGCAAGGGUCUCGCCGUGGUCCUCGUCGCCGGCCACAUUGUGGUCCAGACUUUGCCUUUCACUGUCAACUACCUCGCCCUCAUUCCCGCCAGGACUAUACCUUUCGCAUGGAACCUCAUAACAGCUGGAUACAUUGAGCAAACAAUAUAUGGAGUGGUUGCCAACACUCUGUGCCUUCUAGUUAUGGGGAAGCUGCUUGAACCAGUUUGGGGAUCCAAGGAGUUCUUAAAGUUUAUUUUCAUUGUUAACAUCCUGACGUCAGUCUGUGUUUUCAUCACUGCCAUCACCUUGUACUACAUUACAACCAAGGAAACUUACCUUUACAUGCCUGUAUCGGGUUUUCAAGGAGUGGUGUCCGGUUUCUUAGUUGGCAUGAAGCAAAUUAUACCUGACCAAGAGCUAUCUGUGUUGAGAAUAAAGGCUAAGUGGUUCCCAUCUAUAAUGCUGUUGCUGUCAAUUGCCGCCAGCUUCUUCACAGAGGAGUCAGCUAAGUACCUCCCAACACUCGUAUUCGGCACAUACACGAGCUGGAUUUACCUGAGAUACCUACAGAGGAAACCCGAAACGAAACUAAGAGGAGAUCCCAGCGACGAUUUCACAUUCUCCAGUUUCUUCCCUGAUUUCCUUAGACCGGUUAUCGACCCAAUUGCUUCGAUUUUCCAUCGGUUACUCUGUGGACGAACUCAAGCCUCCGGUGAGGCGGAGGGUUACACAUUGGGAGGUACAGCACUGCCCGGGUCCGACCCCAUCGAGGCAUCUAGGAGGAGAGAGAGAGGAGCUAGAGCACUGGAGGAAAGACUGGCCGCUGAGAAAUUGGCUGCUGCACGGAGCAUGGAGGAGUUGAAAAAGGAUGCCCCUGAAGAUAAUGUGUAGAGUUACCAUACCAGACCAUGUGAUAGAAGAACCGAACUCUCUCUUCUUGUUUUAACUUUGAGAAAGAAAAGAGAUCAGAUAAGUCGUCUGCCAGAUAAUGAGAUGAUAUGUGCAGCAGGUUUUGCAGAUUCCUAACAUGGCCCUCCACUUCCUCAUCCAUAUAAAAUACCUUCAUUGAAAAUUGCAGCAAAAUCCCUUGAGAUUCUAAUCCUCUUGAUAACCCACUACAUCCAAAACAAGAUUACUAUAAUACCCUAAGUUGCUCCUCUUUAGGGAUGGCAAUGGGUCGGGUCGGGAACAGAUAGUGCAUAUCCGUUACCCUACCCAAAGUAGUUCGGGUUUUACCUAUAUCCAUAUCAACAUGCAAAACGGGUAGAAAAUUAAAACCAUGCCCAUACCCAUUCGGGUUUCAGGUAUCCGCGGUUAUCUAUGGGUAAUGAUUUUUCUGCAUAACUAUAACCAAUAUGUUAACAUUCACACGUAUUCUCACAUUACGUAAGAAGAAAAGUACGACAAUAAUUCACUAGAAUGAAGAAAAUUAAUUAAAACAACACAAUUUCAUGAAAAUAUUAUAUUUAUAUGCUAAAUAUAAAAUAUGUUAGAGAAAAAAAUGAUUAUUUCUAGACAGAAUACAUAUGCAUGUGUAUAAUCGGGCGGGUUCGGGUUGGAUAGUGAGAAACUCAUGCCCACCCAUUACCCGCAAUAUUCGGGUUCGGAUUUUACCCAUACCCACUAAAUGUCCUUCAGGUUCGGGUUCUACCCUACCCGAUUAGGCCGGAUUCGGGCGGAUAUCCACGAUUACGGAUAUUUUUGCCAUCCCUACUACUGUUAGUUUUUCGUAUCCAAAAUCCAACUUAUUGUGCAGUGUAAUUUAAUAUUAUCGAUGUGAAUUUAAACCAUUUAAAAUUAUCGUUUAAUACUGCCAACCGAUUUCCUAUAUAUUCGUUUAACUUGUUUCAUGCAAAUUGCAUGUUUAGUAGAUUCAAGAACCAUCAUUUUUCUUUGAUUUUCCAUGUUUGAUAUAUUAUUAUGUUCGGCUCCUGUAAACGUUGGAUUGUCCUAUUGUGCCAAAAAAUAAUGUACAUAUUGGUUAGAAAUUUAGAAUGGCUUUCCGGAAAAAAAAAAAACAUCAUUCAUCAUAAUUGGUUUUCAAUUUAAAGAUUGUAUAUUCUAAUUUAACGACAGACUUCAAUCUCGCACCGUAAAAAAAAUUUCAAGAUCAA